CAAUUGGUCGUGUCUCUAGCAUCACGCUUGGGAAACUGGCACGUCCUCAUCCCAGGCGGAGUGCCCUCGGAAGCAGCUCACAAGCGUUUGUUUCUAAGGAUGACUACGGGAUGAUCGCAGACUUUGACGAGUACUUGAGCAAAGGAGACCACAAGCUGCCACCUCGACGGCGUUCGUCUUU